AGCCGCUCGCUUGGGGUCGGGUCUCGCCGUCGUCGUCGGUAGGUCAGGUCAGGGCAGGGCAGGUCAGGUCAGGUCAGGUCAGGUCAGGUGAGGUGGUGAUGGCGUCCAGCCUCGCCGCCGCUUCUCCGUCUCCGUCUCCGGCGUGCUGCUCGCUCCAGCUCCACCUCCUCCGCCGCCCCGCCCUAGUCGUGUUUCCCAAAGUCGGACGCCCCCACCUCCGCCUCCCUCUCCGCCUCCGGGCCCAAGCAUCCCCUUCCCCUUCCCCGGAUCCCGAAGCCGAAGCCGACGACUCCUUCGCCGGCUGGUCGGACCAAGACAAUAAGGAUUCUGCUGCUGAUUCAGGAGGAGGGCCAUUCGGAGGCCUUGUUGGACCUGCCCUUGCUGGCCUCCUCUUCCUCGCCGGCGUCACAUUCGCAGCAAUCUCACUCAGACCCACAGGAUCAAAGGCACCCAUCCAAACCUUUUUGCCCACACACACUGAGGCAACGGCCGAUACUACUCCUGACCAGCAAGAAGAAGCUGACGCUGACGCUGCUGCUGCUCAGGCUUUGUCACCAGCCGAUGAUACCCUGGAUGCCACUAGUGAGGCAACGCCAUUGCCUAAUAAUCUACAAACAGACGACAAAAUACCCGAGGAAGCAGCUCAACAUGAUGACAUGGACAACCACCAAUUGGAUCUGGAUCGCGGCAGCAGUCACCUAGAUCCGACCACCGAUAAAUACAUUGCUUCACAAGAUGACACUCCUGUGACUGAUUCACCUCAAUCUUUGGUCCCUGCUUAUGAUCCAACCUCUGAGGACGCAUUUUUAUUAUUAUUGGACUCUGAACCCAGUUUGCCAGAAAACCAGGAUACUACUUUCACUUCAGAUAUUAUGGUGCUCGAGUCAGGUGAUGUUGUGCAAAUAUCCGACGCUGUGGCUGAGGUUAAACAUUUACAAGAUACAGAGCAGAAUCCUCAACUUUCUUCUACUCAAGAUGGAAUUUCUUCUGCAUCCACUUUUCCUGAUUAUGUGGCAUAUGGAAGCACUGACCGGAUGCUUCCAUCGGGCUCGAAUGACUUACCCACUCAAGACGCUAACCAAGGAAAGGCGAUACAAGACCCAGCAUCAGACCAGGAUCAAGGACGAAAUGCCAAACCUUUCUCUUCUGGAAUUGGAAUUCCUGCUCCCUCUCUGCUCUCUGCAGCUUUACAGGUGCCUGCUGGCCACAUUGUGGUUCCAGCGGCAGUUGACCCUACCCAGGGAAAUGCAUUGGCCGCGCUGCAACUUCUAAAGGUGAUUGAACCUGAUGCUCGAGCUGGUGAUUUGUGUACCCGACGUGAAUACGCUCGAUGGUUGGUAGUUGCAAGCAAUUCCCUUUCGAGGAACACUUACUCAAAAGUUUAUCCAGCAAUGUACAUCGAGAACGUGUCUGAACUUGCAUUUGAUGACGUCACCACUGAAGAUCCUGAUUUUCCAUUUAUACAAGGACUGGCAGAAGCAGGGUUAAUUUCUAGCAAGCUUUCAAGAUCUGAUAUGAACAUCGCUGAAAACAUUCAGGACAACCAUUACUUUUUCUCCCCGGACAGUCCCUUGUCACGUCAAGACCUUGUGAGUUGGAAGAUGGCUUUGGAUAAAAGGCAACUACCUGAAGUUGACAAAAAUUCUUUGUACAAGACAUCCGGCUACAUAGACAUUGAUAAAAUUGAUACAGCUGCAUGGCCUGCUUUGGUGGCUGACUUGGGUGCUGAAGACCAGAGCAUCACGGCUCUUGCAUUCGGUUUUACAAGACUUUUCCAGCCAGACAAACCUGUGACAAAAGGACAAGCUGCCCUGGCACUUUCAACUGGUGACUAUGCUGAAGUGGUUAUGGAGGAGCUUGCUCGUAUUGAAGCAGAUAAAAUAGCUGAAGCGGCUGUGAACGCUCAUGGGGCAUUGGUCGCUGAGGUGGAGAAACAAAUUAAUGCAAGUUUUGAAAGGGAGCUUACAAGGGAAAAGGAAAAAAUAGAGACCCUUGAAAAGCUGGCUGAAGAGGCCAGGGCUGAAUUGGACAAGUUGAGAGCAGAGAGAGAGGAGGAAAAGAAUGCUCUGCUUAGGGGCAGAGCUACCGUCGAAUCUGAAAUACAAGUUCUUUCAAAGUUGAGGUGUGAAGUAGAGGAGCAGCUGCAGAAUGUGCUGAGCAAGAAGGUCGAGAUCAACUUUGAGAAGAACAGGAUUGAGAAACUUCAAAAGGAAAUCGAGAAUGAAAACCAGGCUGCUGUGCAACUUCAGUACGAGCUUGAAGUUGAAAGGAAGGCUUUGUCUAUGGCCAGGGCUUGGGCAGAGGAUGAAGCAAAGAAGGCCAGGGAGCAUGCUCGCGCACUCGAGGAGGCCCGGAACCAAUGGGAGCGACAGGGAAUCAAAGUUGUCGUUGAAGCAGGGCUUGAGGACGACGCAUCGGCCGGAGUGACAUGGGCUAAUGCUGGCAAAGAACACCCAGUCGACGAGGCAAUCAACCGGGCGGAGUCGUUGCUGGAGAAGCUCAAGUCGUUUGCUGGUGAGAUGAAAGUGCGAUCCAGCCAUGCCCUGGAGAGAGUAAUGCAAUACGUGAGGUCCUUGAUCUCAAGCCUAAAGCAGCGAGCGGCGGAAGCAAGGCAAGGGUGCGCAGAUCUUGGGGCUGCUGCAGCCUCAAAGGCAAAGAAUGUGUCAUCAGAAGCCAAGGCGUUUGGUUCAAGCGUCGGGGACAGGUCGAAGAAGGUCGUGGAGGAGUGCAAAGAUGGCUUGGAGAAGCUUGUGCACAGAUUCAAGACAGACUAGCUGCUGGCUGGUAAAGAAAGCUUCACGUGUUGUGUAUGUGAGACCAGACAAUUUAUAGCCGAAGAAGAGAGAGAGAGAGAGAGAGAGGAGCCAUAGGAAGGAGGAAUAAAUUUCAGAUGACAUUUUGCAUGAUGCUGUAAUGUGUACAUUUUGGGUGUUGUUGUAAAUGAAUAUGAACAUACCGAAGGUGACCUAGCAGAGGUUGGUUCCAUGGAAUGGAAUGGAAUAAUAAGCCCGUUUUGCUCUGUACGUUACGUUAAUGAAAUCAAACUUGAGUUUUGUUGAGUAAA